CAACGUAGUCUUUUAAAGAUGGAGCAAAUGGUGUAACACCAGUGAUCGCCGCAUGAUCAGUCCCUGAAGUUUUAAUUCUUAGAAAGAUGCCGAAGAAAAAGACAGGCCAGCGGCGCAAGGCUGAGAAGCAGAAACUGAGGCAGAGGGAAAUUAGAUCAGCGAAGGACCAGAUAGAUCUGGCCAAAUUUCCCUCGAAUGCGAUUAUGGAGUGCGAUAAGUGUAACAAGAAACAGAAGAGCCGUGCUUUCUGUUACUUCUGCCAGAAUGUUCAGCGCUUGCCAAUAUGCGCUCAUUGCGGGAAAAUGAAAUGUAUGUUGAAGACAGGAGAUUGCGUCAUCAAGCAUGCGGGUGUGUUUACGACUGGAUUAAACAUGGUGGGAGCCAUUUGUGAUCACUGCGAGGCAUGGGUAUGUCACGGAAGGCGUUGUCUCACUACCCAUGCUUGUACUUGCCCAUUGAUGGAUGCCAUUUGCCAGGAAUGCGAACGUGGAGUAUGGGACCAUGGUGGACGAAUAUUUAGAUGUUCGUUCUGCGAUUGCUUCCUUUGCGAAGAUGACCAAUUUGAACACCAAGCAUCUUGUCAAAUAUUGGAAGCAGAGAAUUUUAAAUGUCAGUCUUGCAACCGACUGGGUCAAUACUCUUGCUUAAGAUGCAAAACGUGCUACUGCGAAGACCACGUCCGUAGAAAAGGUUUUAAGUAUGAGAAGAAUAAAGCCAUACCUUGUCCGAAAUGUAACUACGAUACUUCCCAAACCAAGGAUCUCAGCAUGUCUACUCGUACCCACAAAUUCGGCAGACAAAAUCAAGGAGACACUUACGAGUCCGACGAAGAGGGCGAUUAUAGGAGUUAUUAUGGCAAUGAAAGCAAUAGCUGCACAUAUGAAAAUGACGGUGACGACGAUGGCGAUGACGACGAAGACGAUGACGAGAAUACGUCUAGCGAGGACGAUGAUGAAGAGGAAGAAGAUGAAGAUGAUGAAAAGGAAAAAAAAUCGAGGGACCAGCAAGUGGAGGGUGAACAUUCGCAGAACAUUAAGAGCAAAAGCUAGUCACGGUACAUGUAGUUUAACCGUAUGAUUUCGUUAAAUUAAUCAGUGAUUACGUUUUCGAGUAAUACGUCUUUUAACCACAUGGGUGAUUACAAAAAAUAAGUGGCUCGUUGCACGAACAUAUACUAAAAUGUUCGGAAAAUAUCGUCGAAUAACUCCUGGAGCCUACGCGGAAGCAUAACCAGGUUAAUAAUUUCAUAACAUGUGAAUCGUUACAAUAAAUAGGUCGUUGGAUGCGA